CAUUUGGUCAGAUGAGGAAUGAUGUUAUGGACCAUUAUCAUCACAUGAACGGCAGAGAUGAAGAAGGUUAGCAUGUCUCGUCCUGUAUGGAGCUCAUUGGAGACGCUCUGUUACCUCUGGCAUUUUCUUCUGUCUUGUUCUAUCAGAAUCGGUUCCACUGCAUCUGAGUUAGGUUUGGAGGAUGUUUUCUUUCAUCCCCAGUCUCUAAGAACUGAAGAGGGUCAGGAUGUUUUCUUUCAGUGUGUUUCUGGUGACAGUUCUCCUCCUGCACAAAUUUCAUGGACAAAAAAUGGCAGAGUGCUUAACACAGGAAACCAGAUUCAGGGGCAGUAUGGAGGAGGAAGCCAAAGGAAGACUUCAGGCACUUUGCACAUUGCUAACAUCACCAAAGCAGACCAAGGACAUUAUGUCUGUGUCACCCACAAUCCCCUGCUGAACAUAAGCAAAGAAAGUCAUGAGGCAACUCUGAUGGUAUAUGGUUCCAGUAUGAACAUAAGGAUCAUUGAAGGCCCGCAAAAUGUCACAGUAGCUGGUGAAAUGGAGGCUGCUCUGCAUUGUAUUGUUGAAGGAUUUCCCAUUCCCACAGUACAGUGGAUUAAAGAUGGACAUCCAUUACUCAAUACCUCCAGACGGAGUCUACAGAAGAAUGGACAGCUUCUGGUUUUUCAGAGAGUUUCGUCAAAGGACGAGGGGUUUUAUUUCUGUGAAGCGAGCAAUGAUAAGGAGAGAGUUACGUCACAACCUGCUUAUCUCCUUCCUUCAGUUACGGAUUGGACCUUUACUCAGGAACCAGCUGAACUAUCAGUAAGGAAGGGAGAUUCUGCCACUCUUCCCUGUAGACCUUCACACAGCAGACCCCAAACACAAGUGUCCUGGUUUAAAAACAACCAGCUGCUACAUCCAGGACCCCACUAUACAACUGAUCCUAAUGGAGACCUGCUCUUCCACAGUGUACAGGAGACAGACACAGGAUUGUAUUUCUGCAGAACAUCUAAUUCCCAUGUCAAAAGGGCUCUCAACUCCAAAAAAAUCUUUCUGGAUGUUCUUGAACCUCCAUCCGUGACCAUCUGGCCAAAGGUGCUGACGUCUCCUGUGGGAGCCGAAGUGAAAGUUCAUUGCAAAGUGUCAGGACACCCUGCUCCAUUAAUAAAGUGGUCAAAACAGGGCCGGUCAGUGCAGACCGGAGGCAAAGUCAUGAUGGGGGUAAGAAACAGUACUCUCUAUAUUUCUUCGGCGAGAGAUUAUGAUGAUGGUCUUUACACGUGUUCGGCCUCCAACACAGCGGGUCAUGACGAGAAAACCAUGACUCUUCAUGUUGCUGUGAAACCUGUUAUCGUUUCGUUCAUCGCAUCAGUCACUGUUUCAGAGGGAUCUCCGGUUAGCCUCCCUUGUCGAGCUGUUGGAGAUUUUCCCAUCAAAUAUACUUGGAUCCGAAUGGCCAUGAUCCAAAAAACACCUGAACUUGUGUCACUCCCACAACACGUACACGUUGAUGAUAAUGGGACAUUGGUUAUCUCCAGCGUCCAUCGAGCCGAUGCAGGAGAAUAUCACUGCACUGCUGAGAAUGGAGUCGGUCAGGAUGUGCGAAGCACCAUCAUAACUGUGAAUGCUGAACCGGAUGUCUUGCCCCAAAAGGAUGCACUGAGUAAAAUCAUUAUGCCCACUGUUCCAGGGAGUAAGCAAGAGCUAUUUACAGACGUCAAUCGACAUGAUUCAAAGAUUCCAAGUUAUACAAAAAUAAAUGAACCCAUUCGACAAGCAACUGAAGAGGACGUAAAGAUAUCAUCUUUAAAGGCUUUUGUUGAAGACUUGCCAACAUACCACUUUACUGAUUCUCCUCAAGACACGACACAGUUUGCUUCUCUUAAGCCAGCUGGCAUAAACAAAGUAAGAAAACCAACAUCACCGCCCACCGACCCUACAUUAUUUCUCCAACUAAAAGAGACACGACAACACAUCCAACCAACACAACCGGUGACCAAACGUCUAGGUAUUAAAUUAAACGCAAGUGACCAAUCAGACUCAUAUUCUUCUGAAGUCCAGCUUAAAAACAUCAAAGGCCAAACUGAGACAUUCCUGGAUGUGGACAACAUCACCGUUUCAACGUCAGUGGAAAAUCAACACAAUCAAAGCCAAACAAUCAAACAAUCCAGAGGAACCAAGUCAUCUGUGACGAAUAAUACGGACCUCAUUGAGUCAGUAAAGAAAAACACUUCUCAAGCCCCUAUGAGAACCACAGACAAUAAUGCUAGGCAUAAGGUGAAGCCACAGCCAUGGUUUCCUGUGAUUGAAAAACAUGACAUUCCAAUCGUGGUUGGAGUUGGCGUUUCCUUGGCUUUUAUUUUCAUCGCUAUGGCCUUUUACUCUUUGGUUCAGAAAAAUGACCCGGCAGGCGUUCCAACAUGUAGAGCAGCUUUGAGGGGUCUUGGUGGGCCAUGCAGACACGGGGAACGUCUUGCCAUGGAAAGGACGUAUGAUAACAAGGCAUUUGAGGAUGAUAAUUUGGUGGCUGUUAUUGAGCAAAGCCCCAACACGUCAGAGACCAGAGCGCAUCCACCAGAAGCUAACCCGUCCACCGUGGUGAUCGAUCCGCCUUCUGGUGAUGAUCAAGAUGGUGUCCAGCCUACCCAAGAUAUGGCAGUUAUUGUGGAGACGCAUCCAGAACCUAGAGAAGAGGACCAGUUGGAAACUAUAUUUGAAGAGGGGAAGGCGACUCCCUCACCACAUUCUGACAUUCAGCUUCAGUGCAUGGAUGACUGGAGGAGCAGAGAGUUUGAAGCAGAUCAGGACGCCCCAUCGCCUCCUCCACCCAUUCCACCACCCGCCCAGGAGGAGGGUCUGCGUUCCUCCCUGACCCUUCAGACCAGCGAGCCCUGCUCGACUCCUGUACGUCACAGCAUUAGCAUCUCCCACGGUAUGUCUCCUCUCCUGCUGUCUCACUGUGUGUCACUGGGCACAACGUCUGUGGCAGUGGACGUUCGCUUUUACCCACCAGCCCCGCCAGCGGCCGAGCAUCCUCAGUGCCCUGCUUUCGGACCCACAGGUCAGCAGGUUAACACCAGACUGGAGCACGAAUUAAACGCACCAUCUACCGGUCACAAUAAAUAGGCCCAGCAAAGCCAUGAGAAAUAAGUCAUAAGUCGUUAGUUUAAAGAUGGUGCUCAUUCAUGUUUAAUAAUUUUUUUAAUAAUAUUCAGAGGCAUCUUUAUUUGUUGACCUUUUAGUCAUUCCAAAACGUACAUAUAAAGACAAAAAACGAUGAGCCCAAGAUGAACCCCCCCAACAAUACUGCCUUACAAACACAAAGCGCAGUAACUACGCAUUUGGUCAAAAUUGAGUUAAGGGUUGAAAUUGGCUUUGUGAGAUCUGAUGGGCCUUAUGACAAAGUCUCCUGGUUCAAUUUUGUCCCAUUUCAGAGAAACAUGUGUGCCAAAAUUGGCUGGCUGGUGUAAAAACUUUAAGGGCAUUUUUCAGUGUUUGCGUAGUCACUGCACUUAGCCUUUGAAGGGCAGAAAACAUAAGGGGAUUAAAUGCCCGAAAUGAGUAAAUGUGCCAAUGAAUGGCUGUUUAGAAUUGAAAUCAGAGGAGCCCUGGACUCAAAAUGGCAUUCCUUAUGUCACAACUUAACAAGCAGAUUACAUUACGAUAUACUACAAUUUAAAGAAACAAAAAAUCCAUGAUUUUUCAUGACUUGGACAAAAAGAAUUCCCUUAUUUCAUUGUCUGAAAUAGACCUUCCAUGAUAUUCCAGUAAUUCCAUGACCCGUGGGAACCCUGUAGUUUCUGUUAUUUUUCUAAACAAAGGCUAUUAUAGUAAGGACUGAUUUUGCUACAAAACUAGCCACGAUAUAAUGUAAAAUAUCCCAGAUGGCUGUGUGGUAUUGGUUCUGACAGAUGGUUCUACUGUGCACAACUCGACUGUUAUUUCUACACGUGCCAAAGGUUACAAUUAUCUGUAGUAACUUGCAUUUAGUGAUGUACUAAUGUUAAAGAUGUAUCUGAAUAUUCUGGAAGUAGUCCACUUCAACCGUUUACUAUCUGUUAUAUAUUGUAGAAGUAACCAACUGUGUACAUAAAACAUAACCCUAACAUUAAUAUUUUAUAAUUUAUUACUUGUUUAUUGUUGAAUGCUUUAUUCUGAUUGGUUGAUAAAUGUUUCACAGGUGUUGAUACUUCGAUUUGUGCCGCAUUAUCACUUUGGGUGUGCAUUUUUUUUCUUCGAAUAAUUCAACGGCUAGUUGUCAAUUAUUCCUUGCUUAUCUUAUACUUUAUCACUUGUUUAUUUUUAUAUUUAUUACUAUUCUUUAUAUAAUUCUACUACAUAUAGCAUACUAGUGUGGACAGCA